UCUGUUUCAUUCCCUCCUCCGUGCCCAUCCCUUCUGACUUGUUCCAACUUCUAUACAAUCGCUUUCCUGAUCCACUGACGUUGCGGCCAUGUGGCGGACAGCAGUGACCACCUGGUUGGCAGCGUGUCUGCUGGCUUGGGUGGUGGUGGGCCAGCAAAGCUCGACUUGUUCGCUCACCGAACCGUGCGAAGAGGGUUGCUGUAGCCAAUACGGAACCUGUGGAUUUGGACCGCAAUGGUGUGGCGAUGGCUGCAUUAGCAACUGCAAUGCCACGGCGCAGUGCGGCCCCUAUGGCGCUGUGACCGAUUGCCCUCUCAAUGUGUGCUGCAGCCAGUAUGGCUUCUGCGGCACCACGUCGGAGUUCUGCAACAACUGUACGGCUGGCUGUACAUCCGUCACCGAGCCCUCGUGCACCGAGAGUACCGACGUCUCGACCCUGCGGAGAAUCGGCUAUUAUUCCCUCAGCACCCUGGAGAGGCCCUGCGACGUCAUGGAGCCCGCGCAGAUUCCCGCGGGCGCCCUCACCCACAUCAAUAUUGCCUUCAUCCAGUUCACCGACAAGUGGGAGAUUGACGAUAGCAGCUAUGGCUCCCAAGUGGCGGAGAUCGCCUCGCUCAAAGACACGCAUUUGGGCCUGCGAGUCAGUAUCUCGGUCGGUGGGUGGGACUUCAACGACGGUUCCACGGCCAGCUACUUCUCGGACAUGGCGUCGACCUCGGCCAAUCGCAAGACAUUUAUCGACAGCGUCGUAAAUUAUCUGAUCAAGUAUGGCCUGGACGGCAUCGAUCUUGAUUGGGAGUAUCCGGUGGCCUCGGACAGGUCCGGUGUGCCGGCCGACAAGGAGAACUACGUUUCGCUCGUCAAGGAGAUGAACGAGGCCUUUGCAGAGUACGAUUUUGACCUGACCAUUACGCUGCCCUGUUCCUACUGGUACAUGCAGCAUUUCGACAUCGUGUCCAUGGAGAAAUACGUAUCGUGGUUCAAUGUCAUGAGCUACGAUAUGAAUGGCGCCUGGAACGCCGAGAGCGCAUACAUCGGCCCGUAUAUGUAUGGGCUCACCAACCUAACCGAGAUCGAAGAGGGCUUCGAUCUUCUGUGGCGCAACAACAUUGACCCUGCCAACGUGGUCAUGGGAAUGGCCUUUUACGGCCGCACCUAUACCAUGGAGACGGAUGACUGCUACGAGGCCGGCUGCGAAUUUGCCACAACCGGCUCGGCUGGACAAUGCUCGACGACGGCUGGGAUUCUCAUGUACCCAGAGCUCCUGGGUAUCAAUCAGACCGGGGCCGCGACGACCUAUUAUGAUGCCGUGUCUACCACAGUCUAUACGGUUUACGGGGGAGACCAGUGGGUGUCAUACGAUACGGCCGAGUCGUGGCAAACCAAACUGAAGUACCUGAAUGGUCACUGUAUCUCUGGACUCAUGAUCUGGUCCCUCGACUUGGACACCUCCAGCUAUACCGCCUUAGCUGCUCUGCUCGGCGACGAUGCCAUCACCACGGGUCUCCUCAGCAGCGGGGGCAACCUCACGAGCGCUGAACAGGUUACGCUGGCGGACCAGUAUGGCGCGUAUACGGGCCAGGAUUGCAUGGUGACCCAGUUCUGCACCGAUGGCUCCAGCAAAGAACAAGGGACGGGUCAGGUGUGCCCCAGCGGGUAUACAUCGGUGUCCACGGCUCACGCACCCAUCCAGGCGCCCGGCUACGAGAUCAACGGGACAUGUGCCAAAGACUGGUAUCGUCACAUUUGCUGUCCCACCAAAUACAUGCCCACUGGCUGCGAGUGGACGGAUUGCGGGACGGGCGUGUGCAAUGGCAACACGACAUUCGUGCUGAACACGGACACGUACAACAACGCCGAUGGUGACGCGAGCUGUGGGGUCAAUAAGGGGCGUUCGCUGUGUUGCGAUAGCACCGGUGCCAUUGAGGCAUGUUAUUGGACCAGCUGCCAGUACGACGAUCAACAACAGCCUCCCACCUGUCCGUCAGGUUAUACGUACAUGACCGAGCGUCACGACGAUGGCAACGGCCACUUAUGCUCCACGACGAUGGGCAGCUCAGACCCCACCCUGUAUCAGCUGCUGUACGCGCAAGCCUACUGCUGUCCCAACACGACCGUACCCGCCAACUGCUCCUGGACCUUCUCGGAUAACGAUUAUACGUAUGACCCCAAGUCCAUGUGUGUGCCUGAGCAGUGUCCGGCCGGAAAGGUGGAGUACACGUCUGCGGUCGACCCGGAUGACCCCGAGGUGGGCACCGACGGUAGCCUGGGAAGCAUCAACUGCGAUGCUUAUCCCAUCCCCGCCGGCACCAGCGACCGCUUUAGGUAUUGCUGCAACCCGACCGAGUCCACGGAAGAAGACUGGCCCGUCGACCCAGAUGACCUCUGGGCGGAUGCCUAUACAGCAGCGGGCUCGGACGUCGACUGGGCCUACUCCGACGAUGGCGACGGCGGCGCGAGCUCCACCGACUACGGGGCGGACCCCUACGGCUUCGUCAUGCUGGACGGUCCAUCAGGGUCUAUCGAUAGCACCUUUGGGGACACCUAUACGGUGGUGCAGAUUGACGAUAGCAGCACGACCGAGAACGCCAAGCGUCUAGCGAAGCGAUCCCUGGUCACGCACAACGCCACCGUCAUGGCCGCCAACUUUGAUAAUGCCUCCGAGACUCUCUACGUGUAUUGCCAGUACGCGACGGGCUCGGACCGGUGCAACCGAAUCUUCCACAAGGGCGCCAUUGACACCAUCAUCCGGCUCCCCAGCCACGUCGGCGAGGGGCCCUGGGCGCGGGUGGUGUCCAUGGAUCCUGUCCUCCAGCCGGAGGCGGCGCUGCCCUCCUACCACAUCCGCAAGCGCGAGGUCCAGGAGAACGCCAACCCCGUGUAUGCGCUCGUAAUCGACUACAACUUCCAGGACAUUCAGGACACGGCCAAGCAGCCGGUCAACAUACGUGUGGACUUUGCCAACCUCGAGGACUACUGGCAGACCAUCGACGACUCGGCGGCCAAUAAAGUCAAGAAGCGUGCCGCAUUUGGCGGCGAGAAUCGGAGACAUGUGCCUUACCGUGACUGGCGCCGGCAUGUUGAUGUCGCUAAGAAGAAGCCCGCCUUCACGGCCAGGGGCUCCGCCGACUUCCAUGAGCGGACAACGCAGUCGUUCGCCCCCCGCGAAGUGGUUGCGCUCGACCAGGACGCGCCUGUUGCGAAGCGGUGGUUUGGGGCUCUCAAGGCCUGGCUACAAAAGGUGACGACCAUCACGAAGAGUGGGCAGGGGGACCUGCCCAUGGACCUGGAGUCCAACAUCCUGCUGUACAGCCAGUCGAGGGGCUGCGCCAAGGCCAAUGCGGAGAUGAAUAUCUAUCUCGACACCAAGCUCGACAUGGCCGCCAGCUACGCCUACUACUUCAGCGGCACCAUCGUGCCGCCCGCGGUGACCGACACCUACGCGUACCUGGGGAUGCAGCCGUCGUUGUAUCUGGGCGUCUCGGUAACGGGCUCCGCCCAGUUGACCUACAGCUCCGACCGCCAGCAGCUCAUCCCCACCUUGACCUACCCGGGCCUGGCCAUCAAGGGCAUCGCCGUGGUCGGCCCAACGUUUGACCUCUACGGCCAGAUCGUCGGCACGGUGACGCUGAACGGCCACAUGACGGUGGGCGCCUCCUACACCUUCGCCGUCUCCGAGAUGUACUAUCCGCAAGACAGCGACAGCGAUGUCUACGACAAAUUGGGCGACAGCGACAAACCGGAGCCCCUCGCCACCGGUCUGAAGCCCACGUUUGAGGCAUCGGUGCAGGCCAGCGCGCAGCUUGACUUCAAAGUGACGCCCGAGGCCAGCAUCGGCAUCACCAUCGGCGGGAGCAGCUUCCUCUCGUCGACGAGCCUAGCAUCCGCGACGGUGUCAGGCUUUGUCAACAACACACUCCGCUUCAUGGCCUCGGCCGCGGCGUCGGCGUCGGGUGACACAACGGGCGUGUCGGCGUCGGCGUCGUACAACUACGGGGCCUACCUCCUGUAUAAUGUCGGCUUCGGUGGCCAGGCCAACAUCCUCAACUAUGCCUGGAACCUGGCCACCACCUACCUCUAUACGACAGCUAAGCAGUACGAGCUGUACAGCGGGAGCGGUAUCGCGUCCACCAACGUCACCACCACCAAGCGCGACCUGGACGGCUUGCCGGGCCAGGACUGGCACCGUCUGCUGGAAGAGCGCAAGUCCCGCUCGAGGAUCUCGAAACGAAGCAACGCGACCGACCUGUCAACGCAUCUGUCGUGGUUGUACCGGCGCUCGACGGUCGACGAUGACGGCGACACCAACAUGGGCGGCACCGGUUGCUUCACGGGCGGCGUCCUGGCCUGCCCGGCAAACUCAUGCAGCACGGGCGACGACUCGAGCGCCGACGGCAGCUCAGCAUGCACGCCCAAGGUGCCUUCCAUGUUGAUCAACUGCGCGUGGUUCUCUACGGACCAGGUAACUGGAACCAAGGGGAGCGCGAAUAUUGAAGGUAUUUGCCAGAACAUGCAGACCUUCCUCAACUGGCGUAACCUAGACCUCAAUCCGGGCGCCACCUUCACCUACGACACGUCCGAGGGGUCUGAUGAUAUAAGGCGCUCCGAGACUUGUCAAGAUAGUUCGUAUUAUGACCUGCUAUCGAAUGGGAAUAAAGGCGGGUCCUACUGUGCCGCCCCAAACGCGCGGUACAAGACGACGCUCGGCACCACGCUGGACAUCACCAGCUGUGACGAGUUUCCCCCCGCGUCUGUCGAGGAGGGUGGCAACUGGUACGGCGACGUUCCCGUUGCCCCGGCCAUGUACUGUACCCCCCGGUGGCAGCAGAAUAUGCAAGGAAAUUGCAACAAACUCCUGCGAAAUUUAAAGACCAAUGUCCAGUACGCUAUCGACCCCAACGAGGACGCCCUGUGGGUAGAUUGGACCGACAACAACAAGUGGUUCGUGGCCAACGACUGGAAUGAGAUCAUCACUUACCCGUAUGCUAUCCCUCAGGCACGGGGUAUCUCCAACGCGGAAUGGGGAACCGGAGAAACUGGGGGCUGGUCGCAGAGGCGCAGCUUCACGUACGGUAUUGCCAACCCUGCUUCCGAUACCGACUGGGCUGCCUGGGGGGGCGCUUCUGGAAGUUGGACCUUUAGCUCUGCCGGGGGCUCAUCUACUGACGCCAGCAAGAUCAUCUGCGCCCUCAACCUGUGGAACCAACCCAAGGUGUACGCCCUAGUGAACGAUAAAUAUAAUGCUUACUGUUACUCCGGCACAAACCCAGGCACCUUUGCAAAAAUUGUCUCUUAUCCCAAGAUGAACCGGUGCCUAAUCACCCUUGGCGCCGCGAUCACUACCCGCGACCAGCUCGACAACGAAGAGAACCUGGGUGUUCUUUACGGGCGCAUCAUCACGAACAUCACCAUCCUCGACGAUGACGACAAUGAUGACCUAGCAGACCCUGUUCGAACUCUUGAUGCAGCGGUCGAGAAUAAAUAUCCAAAUUCACCACUUGAUAUGCUUGGCAAGCUAUGAUAAACGGACUAUGUCUAUUGAGUGAUUUGAUUGCAUGGGAGAUAGUCACAUUGAAUCACGUCAGCACGAUAAAUACUAAGUCAGCCUCAGCUCUUGCAUAUGUAUAAUUCAAC